AUGGCUCGUUCAAUGCCAAAGCUGAAGAUAGCAGGCUUUGCAAAUGCCGUGGCGAAUGCAGAAAACGGCAUGCAAACUUUUCGUCGCUUGAACGGCUCAGGCCGUGUGCAAAAUCUCGUGAAGCGUUAUGAGAUGCGUGGAAGCUCGCAGGAUCCUUCUGAGCUGCGCGUCCCUCGGGCCGAAAGAAGCUCAGGAAGCCGCAGCGACCGAGCAGCGCCUAUGAGUCAUGGAGUCCGGAGCCAAGAGGAUGUUGGCGAAGUUUCAAACGGACGGGCUAGAAGUGUGGAUUCCUGCAGAUCAAGAGGCACCAUGGCUUCGUCUGUCUUUCGUGCAAGAAGCCUUGACUCAGCUCUACGGGAUGAAGCAGGAGACCUUGCAGUAGCUGAUGACUUCUCCAUGGAACUGUCAUCCAAGAGGACAGGGGAGGCCCAAGGAGGCCUCCACAUGGAGGAAACCAACGCUUUACAUGGAAUGAUCGAAGGAGCCACGGCCAGCUCCGAUGCUUCCCCUUCCGAGUCGUCAAGUGGUAGAACCGCCACGGCGCAGGUGGCGUUGUUGCACCCUGGCAGCACGCAGCACAUGCCGUUCCAACAGUUGCAGCAAUACGAGCGUAGUCAGCUGCUUCGGUUGCGGCCCGAGUCUGGACCCUUGAACGUUACGACAGUUGUACAGCACCGAGACUUGUCGAAGCAGCAAAAGAAAAGUGCCUACGUGGAUUUUCUCAAGGCUCCUAUGUUCACAGUCGGAGGUCUUCCAGUUCCAGGAGUUAUUUUAUUGCUCAUCGUUAUGCUUUGCGGCAACGUGUUGUACCAGUUCUUGCGGAAGGGUGAGACUAGCAAGGUCGAUGAUUCAAAGACGGUUGAGGCACGCCAGAUUGUGACCAAAGCGGAGAAAGAUGCUCUAGCCGCAAAGAAACGUGUCAAGGCUGGCGAGGAGUUCAGGAAGGUGGCCAAGGAGGUGAGCACAUCACCUGAGGGCCAGCUGGGAGGAGUGCUGGGAACCAUGAAGCCUGGCAUGAAGCUCUUGGGUGAAGCCAACGCGCUCUUCGACCAGGUGGCCUACGACCCAAAGACCAAAGUCGGGGAGGUCGUGGGACCUUUUGAGAGCAAGUUUGGUUGGCACCUGUUUCUCAUCGAGAAGCGAACUGGAGUCGACAGUGUCACAGACAAGAAAGACCAGUAA